UUCACUUUCAUUUCACCAAACUAAAACCAAUUCUCCCUUUCUCUUCUCUCUUGUCCUUUCUCAAUACCCCUUCAAGAAUCCCAUCCAUAUAUAAAACUCACAUUAAACCACACUUUCAUUUCAAGAUUCAAGAAUCAACAAGAACAAGAACAAGAACAAAUUUUUCCCAAAUAUUCUCAUUCUUGUUUCUUGAUUUUCUAAUGAAAUCCACCACCACCACCCACUCUUAAAUCUCUUGAUAAAUGGGUGUUUGCUCCCCCCUCUUUGUUCUCCUAAUCUUAUUAACCAAUUUCAACUCUUUUGUACAAUCAGAUCCAAAUGAUGAAUCUUGUUUAACCCACUUAAGCCAAUCACUAAAAGACCCAACAAAUUCCCUUCAAAACUGGACCAAACCGAAUUUUGCAAACCCAUGUUCAGGCUUCAACUCAUAUCUCUCAGGAGCAACUUGCAACAACGGCAGAAUUUACAAACUUACCCUCACAAAAUUCUCCCUCCAAGGCACAAUUUCACCCUUUAUUUCAAAUUGUACCAAUCUUCAAACCUUAGACCUCUCUUCAAAUUCCCUCACCGGUCCAAUCCCUGCAGAUUUACAAUACUUGGUCAAUCUAGCGGUCCUUAAUCUCUCGUCUAAUAAAUUAGACGGUGAGAUCCCUGCCCAAGUGGCAUUAUGUGCUUACUUAAAUGUAAUAGACUUUCACCAAAAUUUUCUCACCGGUCAAAUCCCUCAAGAACUGGGGUUGUUAGUAAGACUGUCAGCUUUUGAUGUGAGUAAUAAUAAAUUAUCAGGGGCAAUUCCGGUAUCUUUAGGGAAUAGGAGUGGGAAUUUACCAAGAUUUAAUGGGAGUUCAUUUCAAGGAAAUAAAGAUCUUUUUGGGUACCCUUUGCCUCCAUUAAAAAGUAAAAGUUUAUCAGUUUUGGCCAUUGUUGGGAUUGGUUUAGGCAGUGGGUUUGCUAGCUUGGUACUGAGUUUUACUGGUGUUUGUAUUUGGUUGAAGAUUACUGAGCAGAAGAUGGGGCUUGAACAAGAGGGUAAAGUCAGUCAACUUAUGCCUGAUUAUUAAAAGUUUUUUAUUAAUUUCAAGGUAUGUUAUUUUUUUUUACUUUUUGGGUAUUUUUCAUUUUAUUUUUUGAAUUUUUUGAGCUUUUUUUGGGGUUUUUUUUACCCUUUUUUUCUAUUUUAAAUUUUAUUUAUAUAUAUUUUUAUGAAAAUGAACAGUGUAUAAAUCAAUUCAAACAAGAAUUAGUGCAGCUUCUUUCUUUUA